AUGGACAGGAACACAAGAUAUUUCUACAAUAUCGCAUCAGCAAGAAGAAGGAAUAACCGGAUUGAGUCUUUAGUGAUUAAUGGGAGAUUGGUAAGGAAUCAUGCAAGAAUUAAGGUCGCCACUAGUGAUUUCUAUAGGAAACUGUACCAACAGAAAGCUUCACCAAAUAUUAGCUUUCGAGACGGUCUAGUCAAUCAGUUGGAGAUGGAGGAAGCUCAAGCAUUAGAGGUGUUACCGUCGGAGGAGGAAGUGGAGGAUGCAGUAUGGGAUUGCGAAUCAUCUAAGGCACCGGGUAGUGAUGGAUAUAACAUGAACUUUAUAAAAAAGUGCUGGGAGGAGAUUGGAGUGGAAUUUACUAAAGCUGUGAUGACCUUCUUUGAGACGGCAAGGCUACCAGCAGAUUUUAAUGUUACUUGGAUAGCGCUGGCACCGAAAUUUGUGGGCACCAAAGAGAUAAAUGAUAUUACACCAAUGAGAAUGCUUGGAUACAUUUAUAAGUUGAUAUCAUAA